AGAAAACAAUCCUCACUUUCUAAUGAAUUAAUACUUGGAUUGAGAUCAAUUACUGCUUCUAAUCUUUCAUGGAGAGAUCCACUUGCUAGUAGAGUUAUUAGUGACGAUUCAGGCUUAGUUCAGAAUCUUCCGCAGAAAAUACAAAAUACUUUCUUA